CAGGCUUAUUAAUCACCUCAUCUUGACUUUUCAUGAUAUUUUCUAAAUCGUUUUGUUUGGAUUGUAAUGAAUUUACAAUAGAUUCAAGGUAAUGAGAAAUUAUCUUACCAACUCUCCUUACGAAGUGUCAAUCCGUCUAUAUCAGGACCCUACCGCGAAUAAAUUUGUGUGUGUCCACUACGCUGAAAAUUCAGUAACAUUUGGUAUUGGUAACUUUAUGUUAUAUAUAGGACAGCUUGCGUUAACUUUAACUUGCCUAUAGUAUCUUGAACAUGAAGAGAUGAAGGCUUGAGGGCCCGGUUUAGAGGGCGAACUUUUCAUGCGCCGAACCUAUAGUAUACAACACUGUACGUACGACAGAAGAGCGCCGUCUAAAUCAAUUAACUUCGGCAUGCAAGUUUUGAUUAGGUUCGACAAUGCACAAAAAAUACAGCAAGUCAUGUCGUAUUGUGCGACUCAGAUUCGACAUGGGUUUAGACGCCAUAUGCUUUUCGUCGGUCGAACCUAGUGUGCAUGUAUAUUUAUAGCCUAGAUUAUCUUGAUAUUAUUAUGAUAUAUUAGCUAUUUAGCACUGGAAUUUCUGAUAUAAUGUAUUUGUAUUUUGCAUGGCAGGGUAGGCCUACAAUUAAGUCUGACGUUUAAGUCAGUUGCCGAACUUGUGCCGUAUUUAAUUUGAUUAGGUUCGACGCGCGCAUGAAAAGUUAGUUUAAUUUGAUUACGUACGGCACCUUCAAAACCAGACCUAAUGCUCUAUUUCAUUUUCCUUAACAGGAGAAUACAGAAACUUUGCGGACACUAACGGUGGUAAAUGUCUCAAAAAUUACUUCCAAGAUGUUCUUUUGGUCGUGGUAUACCAUUAUCCAUUCUACGACACCGUUCCCUUUAUCCUUUCCCAAUAUAAAGAUGCGUUCCCCAACAUAGCUGUUUGCGGACCUAAAUCCAGUACUGAAUUCCAGAUUUUAACCGUGGACGUCGGACCGCGCGGUUACUAUAGUUACGAAUGUCUGGGGAGAGCCGUGCGCUUGCAUCCAGGAUUCAGAGGAUAUAUGUUUGUUAAUGAUGACAUGAUUGUCAACUGGUGGAAUUUUGCGAAACUGGACAAGAAUAAAAUUUGGAAAGGAGCCGAAAUUGUUCAAAGUGUGGCUCAUGAAAUGAAUCGCAGACCACUGCGCGAUGAUUGGAUGUGGUGGAAAAAGGAAAAUGGAUUAAAAAAUUGCGAGAAAACGUACCGGCAACUGGUUGGUUUUACAAACAAAUCCUUAAAUAUGCCUAAUAUCAAUAUUAAAACGCUACUGUACACCCAUUAUCGUAAUGGUAGAAACAGAACGAUGUGUUUUCGCACGUGGUCCGACUUCGCGUACGUUCCUGGAAGGAUGAGCCGAGAAUUCGAAAUGCUUUCAAGGAUAUUUUUCGAAAAUAAAGUGUUCCUCGAAAUUGCAUUUCCGACUAUUUUGAGUUUGCUCGAAGAUUGGAAAAAUUGGGAGAAUGCAAAAGGCAUUUAUUUACCGGAAAUAUUCGGGUUUCAGGAUUUUGCCAACGUAAAAUACGUUUGGCCGAAAUUCGCAGAAGAUACUAUGUUCUUGCAUCCUGUUAAGUUCUUUGGGAACAAGGGAUACCAAAAUAGAAAGAUAUUUAAAGCGAGGGUGUUGCCGUAUAUAAAACGUUACACGUCCUGCUAAAAAGUGUAAAUUAUAUAAUAUAUUAUAAUGGAGUAAAUAU